AUGGAAAUAUACACCGACAGUAGCUGCAGAGGCAACGGCCAGCCCGGAGCCAUCGGCGCCGCGGCCGCCGUCCUAAAGAACGGAAAUGGGGAAUACAAUACCAAGACCGAGUCCCUUCCCCCACACCCGCCUCCCACAAAACUGCGGGCCGAGAUCACAGCUAUCAUCCUGGCCCUGAAGCUAGCCCUGGAAAGGUAUGACGAGCUAGCCACGCGUCCGCAGUUGAAGGUCACGAUAUACUCGGAUUCCACAUAUGCGUUUGGGUGCAUGACAAAAUGCAUUCACAAGUGGGCAGACAACGGGUGGACUAAUGCUGCAAGCGGCGACGUUGUUAAUCGGGAUCUGCUGGAAGAGGCUUUUGAUCUUGAUAAGAGAUUGAAAGAGGUGGGAGAGGUAGAAUAUGUUUGGAGUUUGAGGGAGAAGGAUCAGCUGGCGGAUCGAUUGUGCAAUGAGAAUAUGGAGGGUCAAUCAUAG